AUGUCGAACAAAAAAAAUAAACAAGAAUCUGAGGUAGAUACUUCCGGUGAUAUGGAGGAAGAAAAAUCGGUUUCCAAAUCUGCCGAAGACCGAAAAGCUGCUGCGGCCCUAUCCUCUAUCGAAAGAGAAGAUGAAGACUCUAAUAAUGCUAAAGAUAUCGAUCAUGAGGCUGUUCGUAAAGCAAUGGAGCGUUUAGAUGACGGUAACUCGAAUGGAGUAGUACAAAGGAAAGUUGAUUCCAAUAAUCUCGCCAAGAGCGUUAAAUAUGCUCCUGCAGAUAUCAAUCUUAUAGUUGAAGAACUGGAGCUCUCCAAAUCCAAAGCAAACGAGCUGCUUCGUUUAAACGACGGAGAUUUAGAAAAAGCCUUAAGACAAUUUAUUAGACAGCCCCUUUGA